CUGCUGCCAUGGACCGAGCCUGUUGUCUUUCAGUAGGACGCUGUUACUAUAGUAACCGUAUAUCGCAACAUACACACAAGCACAUGUCAUUCACCUCCGGUGACAUGGCUGACAUUCUGAUCCUCCGAGCUAUUAGGGGCAAUGCCAGGACACUUAAUCUGAACGGGAAACGACUUCAGCGGGUGCCCGAAGCGGUGGGCAACCUGAGCCUUCUCAAAACGCUGCAGCUUAAGAACAACUUUCUGUCUCAGCUGCCAGAGGAUAUGUCGGCUCUCAGCAAUAUAACUGUCCUAAAUCUAGGAAAUAACCACUUUGAAAAAGUGCCAGAACAAUUAAAGCAUCUCAAAUCACUGCAGAGACUUCACUUGUUUGGAAAUAGGAUUACUGAAAUACCUGCCAGUAUAUUUGAGGGCUUAGAAAAUUUGAUAUCUCUCAAUCUGAACAACAACAUGCUUGAGAAACUUCCCUCAGAAAUCCAUAGGUAAGUUGGCUUUACCUACUCUAAAUAUCUUCUGCAAGCAAUUAAAUUCUUAGGUGUCAAUCAUAACCACCUAAAAACCAUUCCAAAAGAGCUAUGUCGUCUGAAAGGUCUUGGUGAACUACAUCUAGCAAAUAACCACUUGGAAUCUUUACCAGAAGAAAUGGGUUUCCUGAGUAAUUUAAAUGAGCUCCGGGGUAUCUAGGAACAAGCUUGCCCUUACAUAUUUUCUUGUCUUAAUAAGGGACUUUGCACAUUGAAAAAGCUAAAAAUCCUUGAUGUGGCAGGAAAUCAAAUCAGGGCUUUUCCAUCUGCAAUGCACACUGUACAAUUAGAUGAGCUCUACUGUGAGGAAAACCCCUUGCUCCAGAAGGAGCCUGUGUUUGCGGAACAAGAAGAAGAUGUAUUGACCUUGAAGGAAAUAACUGCAAGACUCAUUUUAAAAGAUCUACAAAACAGAGAUUCAUCUCUAAGAGAACAAAUUAUUAAACAUCCAGAAGCGAGAACAAUGCUUUCAAGUAAAAAUGUCUGUGCUCUUUGUGGACAAUGGUUUUUAGACAUGUGGCUGGAAUGUGUGAAAUUUGUGGAUGUAAAAAAGGGGAUGAAGACUGCAGGAAAAUUACAGUUAUUGCCACUGCGAGUUUUAUUAUGCUCAUAUAAAUGCUUUAAUCAACAACAAAGUGGUAUUUUUGGAGUGGCAGUACCAUGACACGGAACAGCUGUCACAAACAUCUGAGGACUUCUGCAUAGAUAUUUAGAUUGUUUUGAGUUGAACUUUUAACAGCACCUGCUGGUACACAUAUAACAUAGUAGUGUAUAACCUUCAAACAACAUCUUUCAACUAUAUAUUUUAUUAUCCUAAAGGUUUUACAUAUACAUUGGAAACAUUGCAUUGUUAUAUAGUUGCAUGUAACAAUAUUGCAAAAAUGGAAGCUAGAGAUUUGUUUAUACAACCUAUUCCUUAUAUCCCUUAUUUUGUAGGUUAAAUGAUUUAUUUGUUUGCAAACCAAAAGUGUAUUUUUGUAUUAAAGCCAUAUUUUCUAAUAUGAUUUUUACUUUAUCAAUAAAAUGGGUGUUUUUUAUGGCA